GGGGCGCCAAAAAAGUGCGUCAUAGAAACGCAGCGCGACGCCUUCACCCUGUGUGAAUUAAAUCGGAGCUGGCAAUGCCUGGAUUUGAUUUUCCAGCUAUUUUUAUUGUUUAAUCUGUGAAUGGCGCCUAAACAGGACCCUAAACCUAAAUUUCAAGAAGGUGAACGAGUGCUGUGCUUUCAUGGGCCAUUGCUAUACGAAGCUAAGUGUGUGAAAAUCAAUAUCAAGGACAAACAAGUGAAAUACUUUAUUCAUUACAGUGGAUGGAAUAAAAAUUGGGACGAAUGGGUUCCUGAAAGCCGUGUGCUCAAAUAUGUGGACAGUAACCUGCAAAAACAGAAAGAGCUUCAGAAGGCAAACCAAGACCAUUAUGUUGAGGGAAGGAUGAGGGGUGUCGCACCGAGCAAGAAAAUCGCUGCUGUGCAGCAAAAAAAUGUAGAUGUAAAAACAAAGAAGAACAAGCAAAAGACGCCAGGGUCUGGAGAGGGCACUAGCACUGGGGACAUGCCUCACCCCCCACGCAAGAAGAGGGCACGUGUUGACCCAACUGUGGAGAGUGAGGAGACUUUCAUUAACAGAGUAGAAGUAAAGGUAAAAAUUCCUGAGGAGUUAAAACCAUGGCUGGUAGAUGACUGGGACCUGAUCACUAGACAGAAGCAGCUUUUUCACUUGCCUGCAAAAAAGAAUGUGGAUGCUGUCCUGGAGGACUAUGCAAAUUACAAGAAAUCAAGAGGAAACUGUGAUAACAAGGAAUUUGCUGUGAAUGAGGUGGUUGCUGGAAUCCGUGAGUACUUCAAUGUCAUGUUGGGCACUCAGCUCCUCUACAAGUUUGAGAGGCCGCAGUAUGCAGAGAUCCUAGCAAACCAUCCGGAUACGUCCAUGUCUCAGAUUUACGGGGCGCCGCACCUGCUGAGGCUUUUUGUGAGAAUUGGAGCAAUGCUGGCAUACACACCUCUGGAUGAGAAGAGUCUAGCCCUGCUUCUCAGCUACCUGCAAGAUUUUUUAAAGUAUUUGGUGAAGAAUUCGUCAUGUCUGUUCUGUGCAAGUGAUUAUGAGGUUGCACCUCCGGAAUAUCAUCGCAAAGCUGUCUGAGGGCAAAGCCAGCGAGGAUGUUUGGUGCUACGUUCUGAUCAUCAUUUUAUUUGUAUUAUUUAAAAUCCAUUCAUCUGUCUUGUGGAAGAUUUUAGUGCUCACGUCAUCAGUCGAUAUUGGUUCAGGACUCUAUAAUGUCUGGUACUCCAGAUAUGGAAUUAAAUUACAUUUCUUUAAAAAGCUGCUGGAAAUUGCUCUAAUUUUGAUCCAUAUUUUUGGUUUAUAUAAUAUUGAUACACAGAACCUGGUCAUGUAUGGUUGAAAUGCUGAAUUAUUUGUUUUAGUUUUUUUUUUUUUUUACAUGUCAGUCAAUAAAUUGU